GCGGGGGUUUUGGGGCCUGAAGAAGUGUCGUAGCGGCUGAGUUGUUCUUGCUGUUGACUCCGGUGUGAAUUUCUGUGCAGUCCCCGGAGGAUCUCAGAAGCUAAGGAGGCUGGUGCCUGAGGGAGAGAAUGGCGUUCUCGACCACAGUCUCGCAGAGAAAGCAUAUAAAACGGAAGGCUCCCCGGGGCUUUCUUAAGCGCGUCUUCAAGCGACAGAAGCCUCACCUUCGCCUAGAGACAAGUGGCGACUUAUUGGUGAGAUUCUGUCCCUUCUUUGGCUGGGAGUGGAGCAAGAGGGAGGUGCAUCUGAAUUGUUUACUGUUUGUUCAUCGGUUAGCAGAAGAGUCCAGAAUGAAUGCUUUUGAGAGUAAGUGUGGAGUCAUUAAAAAGGAGCAUGUACAGGCUGCAGCAAAGGUAAUUCUAAAGAAGAGCAGAGGUUAGAAGUCAAAGAACACAUUUUUGAAAAUUAUAUAAUGUAUUAUUUUAGGUGAUAACAGACCGUGAAAGUACUUUUUUACAUAUCCAUUAAGAUUGUGUAUUAUUAAAAUAUUAAAUAUUGACUAGUUGAGGGAUGUGUGUA